AUGAGCAAAAGGCCACCACCUGAUCCAGUAGCUGUCCUUAGAGGCCAUCGCGCCUCUGUUAUGGAUGCUUCUUUCCAUCCUUCUGAGCCUUUACUUUUCACCGGUUCUACAGAUGGAGAGUUAAGAAUUUGGGAUACUGUACAACAUCGAACAGUAUCAUCUGCUUGGGUGCAUAGUGCGGCUCAUGGGAUAAUAUCUGUGGCUGCCAGUCCUUUGAUUGGCGACAGCAAAGUUAUCAGCCAGGGUAGGGAUGGAACUGUUAAGUGCUGGGAUAUUGAUAAUGGUGGUUUGUCAAGUAAGACAUUUGAUGUCGAAGUCUAUUCUGUUCUGGAACCUUCACUAACAAUCAAAACAAAAGCUUACCAUUUUUGCAAGCUCUCUUUAGUCAAGAAGCCUAAUUCUUGUGUCAGGCAAGGUGAAAGGCCUAAUCUUCAACAUGAGAAGGACGCUAGAGAAGCUAUUGAUGCCAAUCCUUUGGGUGAUAAAGGAAUAAAGUAUAGAGAAGAUCCAGUUGAGUGCUCCAGCAACUUUGAAGGUUUUGCCCAACUAUUGACUCCUAAUGUUGCUAAAGAUGUGCAUGCUGAUGGACCCAAGUGCAUUGCUGUAGCUGGGGAGCACUCUUCUGAGGUUGAGAUAUGGGAUCUAAAUACUGCAGAAAGGAUUGUACGAUUACCUCAGACCUCGUCUGAUGGUUCGUCAAGUAUUUCUACUAACAAAAGAGGGAUGUGCAUGGCAGUUCAAGCAUUUCUACCAUCAGAAUCACAAGGAUUUUUGUAUGUCUUGGCUGGGUGUGGGAGUGAUCCUAGUCAAGGAAGUUAUGAGGAUGGUUCUAUGCUGUUGUGGGAUAUGCGAAAUCCAGGGGAUUUUGUAAAUUCUGUGAAGUUUCAUACAGAGCCAGUUUUAAGCCUAUGCAUUGAUGGGUGUUGCAAUGGGGGUAUUUCAGGAGCUGCUGAUGACAAAAUUGCCCUAUAUAGUUUGGAUACUUCUGUGGGUUCUUGUGUGAUCAAGAAAGAGAUCUGCUUGGAACGACCUGGUGUGUCAGGCACCUCAAUUCGACCAGAUAGCAAAGUUGCUGCAACUGCUGGUUGGGACCACAGAGUCAGGAUAUAUAACUAUCGCAAAGGAAAUGCUUUGGCUGUACUGAAGUAUCACCAUGCUACGUGCAAUGCUGUUACAUAUUCAACCGAUUGCAAAUUAUUGGCCUCUGCUUCGGAAGACACAACAGUUGCACUGUGGGAACUGUAUCCUCCCCAAUCUUGA